AACCAUUGCCCCUCCAAAACCUCCUUGGCCACCGCCCAACCUCGACGACUUCGUAGACCCGACCACGAGCUCCUCCAUGUCUACGAGAUCGAACGGACCGCCGCCGAGAUCCGCCGCCAUGGCUGGUCGCGCGUCGCAUUGCAGUUCCCCGAUGCCAUGCUGCCCGAUGCCCCCUGGGUUGUCGGUGCCUUGGAUUCUCGACUGCGGAAGUUGGCCGAGGAGGACGACGGGAACAGGGACGUAGAAGGGGGAGGAGACGCUCAACGAGAGCAGCCGAGCCAAGGGGGAAAGCAGAGGAAUCGCCUAUACAUCCUAGCUGACACAUCCUACAGCGCAUGCUGCGUCGACGAGAUCGCGGCCGAGCACGCUAACGCCGAUGUUGUCGUCCAUUACGGCCGUGCGUGCCUCAGCCCGACCUCGAGAUUGCCGGUGCUGCACGUCUUCACGAGACAGGUCCUCGAGUACGAUGCCGUUAUCGACGCCUUCGAGAGGGAGUUCCCGGGGAAUGCGGAGAAGGUGGUUGUCAUGGCGGAUGUCAUGUUCCAGGAGCACAUCCUACCAAUAUGUAACUUGCUUAGAGACCGGGGGCAUCGCAACGUCGUCGCGACCGAGAUUUUCCGAGACCCGGCUGGGCCGAUACCGAAUCGCAAGUUGGUUCCGCUCGAUACUUCGCCCGCCAGCCACGUCGACUACAACUUAAAUGAAUACCACCUUUUCCAUAUUUCCACCCCUCCUACCUCCCUCCUCUUGACCCUCUCCUCGCGUCUUGCCUCCUUACGUAUCUAUACUACACCCUCCUCGCCCUACACGACCGAUUCGGCUCCUCUGGACCCAAGCACGACGCCGUCUCUCCUUCGCCGUCGUUAUGCGCUCGUCAUUCGGCUCGCCACCGCUUCCGUCAUCGGAAUUCUGGUGAACACGCUGUCGGUAAAGAAUUACAUGUCUACCAUCUCCACCCUCCAGAAGAACAUCGCCGCCGCCGGAAAGAAGAGUUAUACCAUCGUUGUUGGCAAGCUGAACGCGGCGAAGCUGGCCAAUUUUGCCGAGGUCGAUGGGUGGGUUGUCGUCGGGUGCUGGGAGAGCGGGUUGGUUGAGCAGGAGGGCUUAUGGAAGCCCGUGGUUACGCCUUUUGAACUAGGGCUGGCGCUUGAGGGCGAAGAGAGCAGGGUCUGGACUGGCGAGUGGUGGGGCGGUAUCGAGGGCGUCAAUAGCUUGCUACCUACGGGUACGGGCACCGACAGCGUCCCCCGUCAAGGAGAAGUGGGGAACGAAGGAGAAGCGCUCGGACCUGCGGUAGAAGAAGUCGAAGGUGGUGUGGACGAUGAAGAGUCAGAACCGCCCGAGUUCGACCUUCGGACCGGCAAGCUCGUCAGUCAUAGCCGACCGAUGAGACUCGCCGUGCGGAGCAUCCCGAGGAGUGUGGGCGAACUCGGCAGCGCCAGCAUCGACCCCGAUCAAAAGACUCCGUCGUCAGCAGUAAUCAAGAGGACGACGGGAGACGUGGUGCUCGUCAACGGCAUAGCUAGCCCGGGAGCAGAGUUCCUGAGGUCACAAAGGACAUGGCGGGGCCUGGGCACGGACUUCGACGACGAAGAAAGCACCGUCAUCGAGGAAGGGCUGAGCGGUAUCGCGAGAGGGUAUACCAUUGGCCAGGGACAGAUCCCGACGUGAACUACGAUCCCCGGCUGUUCAUGGCAAUUCGCAAACUAAGCGAAUCAACCCAGCAAGAAGAGCCAGUUUCGAUAAUUGGCGGGCCUCCUCCUAUCGCUACCGGCGUUAAAUCUCGAGGAGCAAUCUCGACAUUGUUCGCCAAAAUGGCGGAUGUGUACGUUGAUUGCGUUUUUACGUACAUAUACUACGGAGCCAAUAUCCCGGUCUAACAGUGAGCUGUCGCUACUCCACGUCUACCGUCCGGAUAAGUUGAAUGAACUUAUGGGUGCGCGUAGCAGCGCAGG